AUGCCACCCAUCUCCCUGCGUAUGCUACCACACACCCGGGCCACUCCCAUGGCCUAUUCGCUCCGUAUCUCCCCUCAAAGAGAGUUCGCCAAGCCCCUCACGGUCCUCCUUCGCCUCUCCAUCUCCCCAAUCCUAACUAGUCCUCUCAUGAUGCUCGUUCCCUGGUCUCCGCAUCCAGCCCCGCCGUCACAAAGUGCAACGCCAUCACCUCCGCAGGUGGGUGGGCUGGGUGUUGCGCUCGUCGUGGACGUAGUCGAUGAUGUACCAGUGGAUGAAGAGACCGUUGUAGUGCCAAAUGAUGAAGAAGAAAAUGAGGGUAAGGAGGUUGAUGACUCUGUGCUGCUGGUCGAGGAUGAAGCACUGCUGCUAGCCGACGUGCUCGAACCACUGGAAGUCGAUGUCAUGCUAGUAGAUGAUGACAGCGAUGACGAUGAGUCUGUACUACUUGCUGUGGACGACGAGAUACUACUAAACGACGAACUCGAAUCGCUUGACGUCGGAAUUAUACUGCUUGACGAUUCGGAUCCAGUGCUACUAGUGGAAGUUGUCGGGAUGCUUCUGGAUGAGCCCAAUGAAGUGCUUGUGGAUGAGACACUUGAACUGCUAAGCGAGGCAGACGAUGUGCUACUACUAGAGCUUUCGGAAGAAGUACGGCUGCUCAUAGAGCUUGAAGUGUCGGAUGAGCUCGAAGAAGAGCUGCUGGAAAGACUCUCGGAAGAAGUAACGGAGGACAAUGAGCUCGUUGGUGUGGCACUUGAUGAAGAACUGGAAGAGCUCAGCGUGUUGCUUGUGAUAGGGUUUUCGUCUAAAGUAGUCGACGAGCUGCUUGAUGCUGUGGAUGAGGUACCCGAAGUAGUAGGCAGUUCGAUAAUCGACGAGCUACCAGAGCUGGAAGACGCUGUAGUUGGCGCUGUCGAGGCAGAGGUUGAAGAGCUGGAAGAGCUAAAAGUAGUUGGUGUGCUCGAUGAGCUGCUAGAUUCAGUCGGCGAGGAUGAAAAGCCUCCCGUACUAGACGAUGAAGUGGUUGGGCUCGAAGAAGAGCUACCCGUGCUAACCGAUGAUGUAGCCGAGCUUGAAGAAGAACUACCUGUACUUGUGGAUGACAAUGUGCUCGAGAUCACGCUACUAGUGACACUGCUAGAUAAUGAAGAAGAUGUAUGUGUGCUUGAUGAGGUCGGAGAGUUGGCUGAAGAUGAAGGAGUAAACACUGGGCACGACGUGCUAGUCGUCGAGAUACUGGUAAUGGUUGUGGUCGCGGUAUUGGUCACAGUCUGUGAUAUAUGA